AUGUCAGACCCCCAAGCGCAGCUCCAGGCUCUGUCUGAGGACUUCCAGAAGCUUCAAGGCGAAAUGCAGAGCGCUAUUGAAUCGCGACAAAAGCUAGAGGGCCAGAAGCAGGAGAACGUUGGUGUGCAACAGGAGUUUGAACGGCUACAAGAGGGCGAGACCAUCUACAAGCUCUCUGGUCCCGUGCUACUCAAGCAGGACAAGUUCGAGGCCGAGAACACAGUCAAGGGCCGUCUAGACUACAUUGGUAGUGAAAUCAACCGGCUAGAAGACACAAUCAAGGAAACCCAAGGGAAGCUCGAGAGGAAGAGGACAGAGAUUAUUCAGCUUCAACAAAGCGCCCAAGCAGCUGCUCAAGGAAAGGGCAAGGAAGCAUCCAAGUAA